UGGACUGAGGAGGGCGGUGAAGGAAGCCAAGAGGAGGUACCGAGACAGAGUGGAAUCACAGAUGGAGCAGCGCGACACCAGGCGCCUAUGGCAGGGGCUACGGACUAUCACAGACUACCAGAGCAGACCCCGCGCUAUGGUGUUGGCAGCAAAAACUCCAGCGCAUCGUCUCCAUCCCCAAGGCGGAGGAGUUCUUCAAGCGCCUCCACCUCAGAUACGGAGGGAACUUCAAGGAUCUCUGCGACCGACCGGGCCGUGUCUCUGUUGUGAAGCGUUGUUCUCCUCGACUGUAUCUCACCCUCGUGGUGCAGACUGCUCACGCUUCCUCGCGGAUCGGAGACGAUUCGGUGAUGCUGAUGAGCUCUGAGCCUCAGGAUGUGGUGGCCUCUGCAUGAAGAAACAGAUUUAUUCUUAUCUGGCCUGCUGAAGGUUCAGAUUUCAGUAGCGUGAUAUCAAAAUUAUGCAACAGUUCGUGUGAUUUGAGCACAAAACAUAGAAAAAGAGGCUGAAUCCUUGCUGAAAAUCAUUGUAUUUAAUGGCUAAUAUAUCAAUGUACUGAAUGCACCCUUUACUUUAGUGUCAUGUAUAUACACUACGUUCAAAGGUUUGGGGUCACGCAGACAAUUUGGUGUUUUCCAUGAAAACUCACACUUUAAUUUAUCAAAUGAAUAUAAAAUAUAAUCAAGACAUUGACAAGGUUAGAAAUAAUGAUUUUUAUUGUAAAUAUUAAUGUUGUUCUUCAAACUUGUGGCUCAAAGGAAGGCCAGUUUUAUAGCUUCUCUCACCAGCAAAUUCAUAGUUUUUGAUAUCGGGCUAUACAAAAUAAACUGAAUUGAAUACAGUGGUGUUUUAAUCGUACAUCAAACUCUGUGCAAGAAUGCAAAUAAGCAACUGUUACUCUGAGUAUGUUUUGGCCUUCGUUGACAUGUAUGUGGCCGCUCUGCUGCAGGAGUGGGUGAAGCCGGUAUUCAGCGAGUUGGACGACCCGAGGACCGACCCGCGAGCUCAGACGAUGAGCGGGAGGCCGCGCGGCGUCCUUCAAUGGAACGACGAGAAGUUCUUCUGGAGGAUUGUCUUUGUCUUUUCGUCACUGUAUGUGCAGCUUCACGCUCUCGUGGUGAUGCACACGGCGUGAGCGCGUCCUGUCGCAGCAGCAGGCCUUAUCAAGAUGUCAGAUGUCUGUUUUCAGAGCCCAUGCAUUUUCUCAGUAACCAGUGAAACUGUCCAUCCUGUUGCAACUUUAAGGCUACUAGCAGAGAACCGACAAUGGCGACACCAACCGAGUCUCUUGAGGACAGACCGGGAAUCAUUAACGGUGAGUUUACAAUGUAACGGCACAAAAGAGUGAUGUCAGCUAACUAGCGAACUAACUUUGUGAACCAGCGAGCUAACUUAGUUAGUGUUAACUAGCAAACUAACUUUAUUAACUCGCAAACUAACUUUGUUCGCGUUAACUAGCUCGCUAACUUCGUUAGUGUUAACUAGCUAGCUAACUUUGUUAGUGUGAACUAGCGAGCUAACUUCAAUUAUGUUGGCUCUUUGUAGCAGACAGGGACAUUAUUACAUUUAAAUAAUACCUUAUUUACAAACGAUUUACAAACAGAUGGAAAGUUAGACCAUAAAUAAUGAACUUAACCCUUGUGUUGCCUUUGGGUCAUUUUGACCCGAUUCAAUGUUUCACCCUCCUGUUACCUUUAUAUUUACUAACAUAUUUUACCCUUUGGGUUCAAUUUGACGCCAGCAAUUAAAACCUCCAGAAAAUUAUUAGAAUUAAUAUUGUUUUCCAAGUUUAAGUGUGAGGCACUUUAUGUUUGUUUGUUGACUACCGAAAGAACACCGACAUUAAACAUUGAAUUGGGUCAAAUUAAUCCUAAGGCGGGGGGAGGGUGUAAUAUUGAUUCGGGUCAAAAUGACCCGAAGGCAACACAAGGGUUAAAGAGCUUAAUAAACAGAAUGAUCUUCAGUCCUAAAUGAACGCUCCGGCACUAAAGCGGAAAACGAAUCAAAAGAAGGUCAAAGAAAGAGAAAAAAUAUACAGUGACGGAUAAAGUCUGACUUCCUGUGAUGUAACCUGUGAUAAGUUAAACCUCAGCUCCAUGGCUCACUCGCGGAGACGUGAGCAGCACCAGGAGAGCCCGAGGUAACAGCUCUUCAUACACACACGCACACUGACAAAUAACGGUUCUUAAUGGUUCUUUAAAUGGCUUUGUGGUUCUACGAAGAACCAUCACCUUCUGAAGAACCUUUGAUUCGUUUGAGACACCUUUAUAGGUUCUUUGAAGAACUAUUUAAGGACUUGGUUCUUUAGAGAACCCUGGUUUGGAAGGUUCUUUGAGGAACCAGAAAUGGUGCCUUAAAGAAACAUGUUUUAAAGGUUCUUUGAGACACCUUUAUAGGUUCUUUGAAGAACUCUUUAAUGAAAUAGUUCUUUAAAGAACCCUGGUUUGAAAGGUUCUUUGAGGAACCAUUAAUGGUUAUUCUAUUGCAUCGCUCUGAAGAACCGUUUUUGGUUCCAGAUGGCACCUUCAUUGUUCUGUGUGGCAACUAAAUAUUUUUUUGUCUUUUUCUUUAAAAUAAUGUAAACUUGAGGAACAUUAUCAUAUUUCUGAUGGUGUAAUGUGCAUAUCGAUAAUCUGACGUGGGCUGGACUGAUACAUGUCCAGUGUGACAGAAGCAGCUGAUGUAAUACAGAUGUUUCCUCCGUGUCCUCAGUGUGAUGCUCGUAUCCAUGGAGACGAGUCUGCAGCUCCUGUUGGUGUGUUGCUGCUGCAGCGUCGAGGCGGCGGCCGGCGGCAUCACAGUUGGUGGAUAUUCGUGUGUGAGUGCUUACUGGGACUCGGUCACCUGUGUGCUGAACAUCACCGGUCAUCCCGUCGGACAGUUCAACACCAGCUACAGCCUGACAUUCAUGGAGUCAGAAGGCGUCUUCUCCUGUCCGCUCGUGGCGAUGGAGCUCAGCUACCGCUGCGUCUGCAAAGUCACGAAGGACUCUGAGAAUUUAAGCAACUUUCAUCAAUAUGACAUCAAACUUUGUCGUAACUCUGUGUGCCAGAAUGUAACACAUCUCUUCGAGCCAUCGCAGAACAUUCAGCCGACGCCACCGCGUCAACCUGAGAUCCGAGAAGCACCAGAGACGUUCAACAUCACUUGGAGAAGUGGGUACGAAGGUCAUCGGUACCUCAAAGGUGACCUUGACUACGAGCUCUUACUUCAGACUCAAAGCACGGGGACCAGAAUUUCUCGUCUCAAGUCGCUCGAGACGUCCGCUUCCGUUCCAAGGUCACGACUUCCACCGGGCGCCACGCUCUGCAUUAAAGUGAGAUCCAAACCGAACAACAAGCGGGAUUACGGGGGAACCUGGAGCGAGUGGAGUCCAUCGACAUGCCGGGAAAAUAAAGCGGGAAAAGAAGAUGAAGAUAACCGGUUCGUCGUUCUGAUCAGAUCUCUGGGCCCGGUGUGCGCGGUGGUCGGAGUCACGCUGUUCGUGCUGCGCCGUCCCGCCGUGAGGAUGAAGAUAGAAACUCUGUCUCACACGCCGACGCCAGCUCCUUUCUUCCAACCUCUAUUUCAACAACACGGAGGAAACCUCCAGAAAUGGCUUUCCCCUCAAGGCAAAAUGGAGCUGACAUACAAAACUGAGGAGGUCUUGACGGCCGAUGCCGUGAUCGUUGAGCCCAAACCCGUCACGACGGACCCGGAGGAGAACCGGGCCUUCCACAACCCGACGGUACCACUGGGCUUCACUCAGUGUCAGAGCUCCUAUGUAGGUUUACCGGGGGUCCACUGGGCCUCCCCCCCGCCUGUACCGACGGUCUCUCCGGGGGAAACCUCUCACGCUGCCCCCCCUCGCCCCGUCUGGGGCGUCGACGUCGAAGAGGUCGAAGUCGUCUCCGCUCUACCUGCAGAUGUGUUCAACACCUGCAGUUCAGACUCCGGCUGCAGCUUCGAGGAGCCGACCCAAAGCCCAGAAUGCAGUUCACCAAACCGUCCACCGCCGCCAUGUUUCUGUAACGAUUACUGCGUUCUGAACAAAACUGCAGGAGGGUUUGCUCCUGUGUUGGUGUCCGGAGGAAGCGGCCCAGGUGUUCCCACGGGUUCCCUGCAAGAGGAAUAACAAAAUGGUCCCGUCAGUUGGUUUUUGUAGGAAUUUAAAUCCACUAAUCACCAUGAUUGUAUGUUGUAUUGCAGGUGAAUGGUCCUCAGCAGGGCUGCAUUCUCAUGUGCUGUGGGUGAUGCAUUCCAUAUAGCGCUCUGUAUUCAGCCCAUGCAGGUUGUGUAUGUUUUUAUGGCUGGAUUAACCCAAUGUACCUGAGUACGUCUCUUUUCAUGAAGAAAACAUAUAAAUAUAACUUCUCUUUUAUGCACUGCUGAACAUGUUUGUACUUUGCCUUUGUCGAAUGCUUGUAAAAUAUUUCCCCAAAAAACAAUCUCAAAAUGAUUAAAAUGCACUGAAAAGAA